UCAUAUAGUUCCUACCUAGUAUUUCUUCUCUUCUUGAAUUGCGCGUCUGGUUGGCGGCUCUUUAGCGCUGGUUGCUAGAGUUAUCAUUCUUGCAUUAGCUCUUGUACGCCAAAUGUGAAUGUCGUGUUAGAUUAGGACUUUUACAAAACAACAUUGCAGCAGAGUGAAACAUUUUAGAUGAGCUUCUCUAAUGCUGUUAUCGCGGCAAACAUAAGAAUUAGUCUGGCUCGCUUGCUGAGAACAAAGUAAAGGAUGAAGACUCCGAAGAUCAGAUGGUCCCACCAGGUUCACCCGAUAUCACAGAGGAUAAUAUUUUCGAUGAUGUAGAUGUAGACGAUAAAGCCUUCGAAUAUGUAGAUGGGAACUUUGAAGGCCUAGUUUUUACUAAUAGUGUAGAGCAUUUUGUCUGCCCAGGUGAGUAGACCGGCAAUAUCCUAUGUUGAUGCCCACUAACAAAGACGUUUUUAAGGGUUCAAGAUUCAGAAACUUCCUAGUCUAAUGACCGUGAAGAGAUCUUUGAAAAUGCUCCAUAGUUAGUGUUAUUCAUAGGCUAUAGUGUUCGCGAUGCUCACCUCAACCGGAUACCAUCGUGAAGGGCAAUCUAGCAUUAGAUCCAAAUUAUCAGAGAGCGAGUGUGUGGGACGAAGGACGUGCUUCUACUCUUAUUACAUCUGUCUUAAGUAAUCGACAACCUAGCCCAUUCUAUUCUAUGGUAAAGUUUACUGACUUCAUGAAGUGGGCUACUUUAUUCCUCCCAUCGUUCUUAAUGUUAAAACAGUAGUCAACAAGCUGAGAGAUGGCCAGAAGGAGAUAAAGCACAUGAGAAUAUGCGUCGAUGGCAAGCAACGCCUGACAUCACUAUAUAAGUUCAUGAGUGGGGAGAUCGGCUUCAUGGACAGUUCCAUCCACCGAAAAAUGGUACGUACUGACUGAAUCUAUAAGCUGGAGAUGGAAAAUAUCCAAUUUGAACAGACUUGACUCCAAGGCUGGUCCAGAGCUUGGGCUAGGAUGAGCUUACGAUUAAAGUAAACAUCUAAUCAUGAUCAUAGGUAUUACUGUGAUCCAACUAUCAACGAUGUGGGUGACUCGAACUAGCGACAGAAACAUUUGUCCAGACCGAUUGAAAAAAUUAUUCGAUGAGAAAGUCUUUUGUUGCUAUGAAUAUGACCAUCUGACUCAAGAGACCGAAGAAACUAUGUUCCAGCCUGUGCAGCAAGGAAUUGCCUUAUCUCCAGCCGAGAAAAUGAGAGCAAUGUCCACUGAAUGGGCUAGGUUCACCCGAAUAUAUGAGGAUGAUUAUGCUAUAGUGGUCAACUAUAAGUCCCUUGAGACUGACAUUAAAACUUGACUUACAAACAACUAGUAUCGAAGCAAAGUCGUGCGUUAGGGUUCCGCCUUAUUCUCACCAUAUUUACUAUGAUUCAAGAAGUUCUUUCUGGACAAACGAGCAGUCGAAGGCGAAAGCUGUGCCUUCGCUCCAGGCAAGUCCUCAAGCACUUAUGCGUGUUCUAGAAGAUCCAGAACCAAUAUCGAUGGGUCUCAAACUUGCUUUCAAAGACGUAUUCGGUAGAUUCGAAUCACUGAUCAAGAAAUCCUCUUCCAAAUUAGCAGAUGAUCAGUGCAAACUCCUGAAGGAUUCGGUAUUCGAUCCCGCCCCCGACUUUCUCAAGGAGUCGGACGUCAAUCAUGUCCGCACCUUCUCGCCAUUGGAGUUAGUCACCUCCGGUAUCCUAAUUUCAUAUCACAAAGAUAAACGAUCAAACGACGCACUGCUCGAAGACAUCAAAGCCAUGCGUCGUUUCUUACGAUUAAAACACAGAGACUUGCGAGUCAACACUCAAUGCUGGGCUACGGCAUGGGAGUUCAUUUCCGAACACGUGAACCCGAAUCCAGUAAAUAAUUUCGCUUUUCGAUUACAAUCGCACCGGGAAAAAUCUGAGAUCGCUCUCUUCGUAGGCGCUCAUGCGUCUGGGCGUGCAAGAUCCGGCUCGGAAUCUAGUGGACUCUCUUCUCUUGAUUCGUUGUUUGAGAGUGAUUUAGAAUUAGAUGAUGAUGAUUCGAGUGAUGGCCUCUCGAGUAAUCUUUCGGUGUCGAUGUCGAUAAGAGAGAUAUUGUAGAUUUUGUCGGCAGUCAGAAUCAGUGUUAUAAGAAAGUGAAGAUAUGAUUUUGCUUUAAUGUUUACAAUGUUUUCAUAAGGAGUGUGCUUAUAAAUCGUUACGUAUGGUUUCUGCAUUUUAGGGAGAUAUGUUAUAUGGGGAAAGGAAGGAUUGUUUCUAUAUCAUUAAGGAGUUCUGUAUGAUACUCAAUACUCGCAUGCUAGACGGGGAGGUCUAUCGCGGGUGU